AUGGCAAAACAGGACGAAGAAGAUCUCAAUCUACCUGUCCCUGGUCAAACUUCGUUUUGGUCAGUCCACGACUCUUUUCGUGCAGGUCUGAGAGAUGAACCGCGGAAUCCAAGGAGCACAUCCAAGCGAGGGGAGAGGCAGCAAGCUUCCACGCCGCGGCGAGCGCAAGCAGCGCAGGAGGCCGUGCAGCUUCAGGUCAGGCAGUUGGAGUUGAAACAGCUGGAGCUCCAAGUGAAAUUGAAACGCCGUUUGGAAGAGCAGGCAAAGGAAGCCAAAGAAGCCCUGUCGGCCAAGCAACAGCAGGUGGAGCGCUUGAAGCAACACGCUUUCCUGGAGGCUCGGGAAAGAGAGCGUGACCUUUCCUUGCGGCGAACAGGAGCCUCCCGCAGUGGCAGUGCCUCGCCCCGAAGCCGUGGCGGUAGCCCUGGAAGCCGCAGUUUCGAAGCGUUUGCAGCAGAGGAGCUCUCAGUGGCUGACUCAGAGGAACGCGAGGCAAGACAAACCGAUCGAGCAAGGAAGGUUGAGAAAGAGCGGGAAAAGAUUGCCUGGCGCGCCAUGCAGGAGGAACAGGCGGCCAAAAAAGAACAAGCAGCGCGAAAGCUUCAAACCUUCAGAAGUGCAAGUGGGCAUCAGCGGAACCAAGCUCGGGCUUUCGGAGAAGCCCGCAAAACGGAGCUUCAAAAAGCUGAAAGAGGACCCAGCCAGGCGCCGCAGAAAGUGAAGCCCAAAGUCGCGGUGGUUGAACGAGAGCCAGCACGGCGGCCUUUUCGGGCAGCUGCAUCAGCCGUGGAGCCGGUGGAGACACCACGGUCACACGGGUGGGGUUCGCGAAGUGACUCACCGGGAGCUACCAGCAGAACUGCCAGCAGAUCAAGGGCCAACAGUCCAGAGGCAAGACCACAAAGCCGAAAAAGAGCAGGACACCAACAGGCCACUGAAAUCUCUCAGGCACGAGUGGUGCAGAAAUCUUUUCAGCGAGGUCAGACGAAAGCAUCAUCACCACCACGUUCCCCUUCCAGCCGGUCACAGAGCCCCAGACUCCCGAGCCAAGUCUCGCGGAGCUUUGGCACCGGCUCACCUGCUGCCUCACCACGGACAACCUCCAGAACGCCUAGCCCCAGGAAGGAAGGCCCAGUGGAUCAACGACCUCUGUGGCUCCCGGUGGGCCGUUCUAGGAGCCAGCAGCCCCAGCGACCAAUGGCAUCGGCGGAGCCGAAGCGGUCAGCGACCGCGCGAAGGGCAGCGCCCAAGAGUGAGGCCGAGCCUCGAGGGAAGGAGAAGCUCUCCACCAGCCCUGCUGCGAAGAUGGGUGCCGAUGCACUACCGCAUGGCCGAGGACCUGGUUCUAUAUGCUCGGAGCCUGUAGGCGCCGCGAAGAACACCAAGGCCGCUGAGAGAGGCUAUCCGGUUGGGAUGACAAUGCCUGGAUUCCAGUUGCACUAUGGCCCCAAUGGACAGCCUUGGUACACCGACGGGAAGCAAUGGUGGCCGGUGUGCUACAAUCCCAUGAUGGCUUCCCAACAGUGGUCAACGCCGUUCUCUUCCUGGACUAUGCCGAGCCAGCAAACGCCCAGUCAACAAACGGCGGUCAAUCCGAAGGAGUUAGACUUGAAAGGAGUCAAGCAGAAUGCAACGAGAACUCGAGUGAAGACAGAAACCAAGGAGGAGAAAACUACGAAAGGAGACAAGAAGGACAAAUCCUCCAAAGAGAAGGAUAAGGGUGACCGCGGAGAGAAGAAGAAGAAGCCGGACAAAGGCCCACCAGAAGAUGUCCCCGAUUGGGGAGGUGACGAUGAGGGUGAUGAGCCAGAUCCGGAGGAUGACACGGAGUACACUUAUGAAGAAGAGAGCGAGGAAGAGGAGGAGCAUGAACCAGACCAAUCGGUCGAUGUGACGCCGCGGUCAGCGACCGGAGUGACGCCUCGCUCAGGCACAGGAGGCGAGCCCCGAGAAGGUCCGCGACCUGGGCGGCGACCUGCGGAGCGUGACACGCAUCACACGGGCAGCGGCCCACGGAGGCGGAGACCUCCAGGUGGCGGCGGCCCACCUUCGAUGCCAUCCAGAGGAUCGCAAGCCUCUUCCAGCCACAGGACAUCGUCCGUCAGAACAGAGUCGGUACGACAGCUGCUCAAGGAGCGUACCGACCAGCCUGAAGGACGAGCUCGUGCUAACCUUGGACAAGUCCGGCUGGAGACCUUCUCAGGUGACAGGUCUCAAUACAGGAACUGGAUGAAGACGAUCCAAGCUCAGAAGCAGCUCUACCAGAUCCAAGACAAGGAGCUGGCGGUCUUGCUGUUCCUGUCCUGCACCGGGGAGGCAAGAGAGGUUCUCAACCAACUGGAGAUAGCGGACAUGCAAGAGGAGGGCGGCCUUCAACGCAUCCUACGUCUCUUAGAGGAUGCGUAUGGGAGCAAAGCAGAUGAGAGAUUCGAGGAAAGACAAAAUGCUUUCCUGAGUUUCCGCCGCUCUCCCGGACAAAGCAUCGCUGCUUACUUAGCGACCCUGAAGAGACUCCGAAAUGAGUACUUGCGUGAAGACCCGGGGUCAGUAAUCAGCGACCGUGCAUUUGCCCAAAGAAUGCUGACCCGUGCUUCCUUGACACGGCGCGAACGGUACGACUGCUUUUUUGCAGCCGGCGGUUCUUACCGUUCAGGUCCCUUGGAGAAAGUCCUCAGGUUCCGGUGCGCGAACGUGCACCUUGAGGAAAGACCAAGCGGCGGCCGCCGCCAAGAGGAACGUGGCUAUCAACAGGUUGCUCGGCCGCCGCCGAAGAGGAGAACCUACAAAAGGUCCGAUCGUCGAGCCCCGUAUCGUGCCACUCGCCAUGCUCAUGUGGCCGAUGAAGAAGACCUUGAAGGGGACUAUGAAGAGCACUAUGGAGACAACACGGAUGACGAGGACCUGGAGCAAGAAGCACUGAUGGCAGAGGAGGAGAUGCCCGAAGAAGAGGAGUGGAGCCAUGACGAAGAGGCCGAGUAUGAGGAAAGCGUCGAGGCCGUGGACCAGGCUGCCUUGCAAGAGGCAUUCGCUGCUGGUUGGAGGGCCAAGAACCAGACGGCCCAAGCCCGGCAGAGCCGUGGCUACCGUGACAGUGGCAAAUCCCCAAAAGGGAAAGGAAAAGUGAAGCGACAAGACAGUCGCCGGCCUGACGAUCGGAAACGCAACAGCACGUGCGCCUCAUGUGGCCAAAAGGGACAUUGGAGAGGCGAUGCAAUCUGCCCCAAUGUGAAGUCAGGCAAGGACGCUCCACAUCGGAAGGAAAGUGCAACCCAUUAUACAACAGCAUCGGGUGCUGGGAAGGGCAGCGCCUUCCAACCCAAGCGGGACCGCGCCCCCUCUCCGGCCAGAGAACCGGAGCGAGCACCGCUGCCGCGGAGGAAGAGCUCAGAGAGCCAAGCAAGAGACCAAGCUGGCGAUGUAACGGGCGCUACGCCCAAACAUCCCCCGAUGGCACCUCCACCAAAUCCUCCUCGACGAGGAGCGGUAGACAAGUCACCGAUGGAGACCUAUGUGGAGCCACCAUCAACCCCAAGGGGGCAUGAAAGACCACCAGAGCCAGCAGUGCCACCUCGAGUCAAAGAAGAAGUCGGUCGAUCUCCUAGCAGAAAGGAACCUGAGAGAGAACCCAAGGCGUCUCCGGAGGAGAAGGCCAAGAAGAGGAGAAGACGCUCACAUCGAUCAGACAGACCGAGAAGGUCCUCAGGUGAGCACAGGUCUGACAGAGAUCGCACCCGUGAGCGAAAGUCACGGGAGGAAGGUGCAGAGACACCUGCUGACACGCCUCGUGAAGGGACAGAAGAGGCCUUUGUGGCACAGCCUUCAACUGGCACUGCAGCACGCCAGUGCAACUGGACAUACAUGGUUGGUGGCUGGGACGUGAUCAAGGACUAUGAUUCUGACAGUUCCGACACGAUCUCAUCUCACCAGUUGGCAACCGAAAGUGAAGAGGACGAUUUGGUCCGCAAGUACCAGUUGCAAAAUUCCCCAGCCCCCAAGUCAGCCGCUAGGGAGAAGCUUAAGGUCAAGCUGAUGACGGUCUUGAGAUCUUUGGCUGAAGAGGAGCAAGACGAUGAGGUCAAGAGACGACUUCAACGGAAACAAGAUCGCCUUCGAGACAAGAUCUCAGCACGGGCCGUGCGAUCUCAAGCCUCGGGCUCGGAAGCUCCGGCCAAAACAAGGCCCAAACAUGAAACCCGAGAUCCCAAGUUGGACGAGGAAAUGUGUUUGUCCACCCAGGAUCUGCUGCAGAUCUUACCAAAUAUGUCCAAGGAGGAGAAGAAAUUGCUCUAUAAGCAACUCAAGAAGGAACGAGAAGAUGAAGCCCUCAAGCUCUUUGGAACGGGGCAGCCGCCCACCUCAGCAGCAAAGCUCAAGAGGCCAGAUCGCCGCCGAGACGGGUACUCGGCUGCGUCCGUACCCAUGGCCUCUGCGGGCCGCAGCCUGAGGAAGGAUGAGGUUGAGGAGCCACCGGAUCAAGAGGAGAAGGUACCGGUGGGAGUCAAGAAGAAGCGCAUGGAGAAGUUUCGCAGACAGCUCUACGAGGCGGCCAAGAACCGAAAAGGGAAGAUCGUACCGUCAGAAGCCGCAGAUCUUCCCAACGUUGCCCAGGAGAACUGCGAGCAUCCAUAUGAGCGUUUGCUCUGGGGUGCAAAUAUCCAUGCCCAUUGGGCAAGCUGCAAGGAUUGCAAGCUGAGAAAAGUCUUGUACUACUCAGCUAUGCAUGGUGCAAUGACGUCCAACCAGUGCAUCCAUGCCCAUGACCAUGAACAUGAGGCCUACCAGGCCAAUGUGCUGUCCCCUGGACAUGUCAUUCUUGACACUGGGUGCAGAACAGCAGUGGCUGGACGCAAGUGGCACAUGACCCUGCAGUCUUUGAUGCGCCAGAAAGGCCUUCCGUUCUACAAGACCAACCACGAGGAGGUCUAUCGCUUUGGAGCAGGUGCACCGGUGCUCAGCACUGAGGCGUUCCUCUAUGCAGUGCAGAUCUAUGAUCACAAGUCUUGGGUGCGCAUCGCAGUGGUUGACAACACACCGGAUGAUGGCCGUGUGGCAGAGUGUCCUGGACUUGUGGGACCUGCUGAACUUGCCCGUUGGAAGGUGCAGAUUGACUUCGCCAAGUUGCAGGUUGCAAUUCAUGGCAAAUGGCAACCCACAGUUUUGUCGCCUUCAAGGCAUCCAAUCCUCAAUCUGCUCAACGUCGGCAAGAAGCCUGAUCCAACAGCAUGGGAGACCGGGGAGCUCAAGGAGCUGAGGCUGCGCCUCACAAACGACCCGCAUUCCUUUGCCCUCUUGCAGGAGGCAUUGGAUGAUCUGAGCUCUGAUGACGGCAGCGCCGCAGAGCCAGACCCAACUACGAAAGAAGCCGUCCAUUGGACGGGACCCCAAUUCGAGACGAUGGCCCGCUGGCAGAAGAAAUCCGAGUCAGAGACCAUCAACCUGCUGGAUGUGCUGGGUGUGGACUGCUUUCGAGCCACAACCAAGGAACCGGAUGACAGUUCCACGGGUUCCAUCAGCGAACGCGAAAGUGAGACUUCUCACGAAGGUGGACUUCCGAUGGGUUUCAACAGUUCUGAUGAAGAAUCCACGGAAUCGGAAGAUGGCAUGGUUGAUGAAGUGAUGAUAGCUGGCAGCGCCGGCGACACUGAGUACCUUGGAAAAGGGCAGAAGCGAAGACUUUUGGCCGCCGCCAAGAACAUCAGUGAAGCUGUGGAGGUGGAGCGCACCAGUUUCAAGAAGGAGAAGGAGGUUCCAAGAGUGCGCCGGCUGCGUACUGGCUUCAAGAUCUUGGAGAUCUUUACGUGGUCCUGCAUGCUGUCAAGGUUUGCCUACGGCCUGGGCUGGGAGUAUCUUGAACCAGUGACCCUUCCAGGCUGGGAUCUGACAGACCCCAAGGUGCAAUGGGAGGCCCACCAGUACAUUGAUCGAGUCGACCCUGACUUCAUCAUGCUGGCAUGGCCGUGUGGACCGUGGUCGCCUCUGCAGCGACUUAAUCAAAAGACUUGGACCCAGCGAGAGGCCCUCAAACACAAACAGAACACCUCGAAGAAGUUGCUGAAGUUUUCUGCACAAGUCUCUUUGAAGAGACAAUGGAAUGGCCGCGCCAUCCUGGGUGAGAAUCCCCUGCUGAGCCUGGCAUGGAAGCAAGAUGAUAUCAUUGAUGGCUUUGGUGAUCUGCCUGAAGGGGUAUGCGACCAGUGUCAGUAUGGCCUCCGCCAUCCCGAAUGCGGCAUGCCUCUGAAGAAACCAACCCGCUUUGUGGGCCAAGAGGAGAUCGUGGCUGAGCUCAGGAAAAGAUGCCCUGGGGAUCACCAACAUUUCUCCAUUGAAGGUUCAGUCCGGACGGAGGAGUACGGGACUAUAUCUCUGUCAUCCUGGGCUGGAGGAUAUCCGAUCCCCUUGUGCAAAGCCAUCAUGAGGGGAGCCUUGAGCUUCCUGCAUCGGCCGGCAGCUGCCGGGAAAGAGACCUACGUCCUGGAGGAGUACGUCACCGAAGAAUCUUUUCAGGAUGGGCAAGAAGGAAUUGAAGAAGAAGAGCAACGAAUGGCACAGGAGAAAAGGCGAGAGGAAGAGGUGAUCGAGGAAGAUGAUCGACGCCCUGUGCCAAAAGAGAUUCAAAAGGCAGUUGAAUUUGCCCAUCGGCAACUUGGACAUCCCAGCAGAGAUACUUUGGUCCGGAUGCUGCGCAUCUCAGGAGCGACAGAGGAUGCCAUCCGUCACGCUAGACGAUGGCAGUGCGAUGUGUGCCGAAUGCAGAAGGCACCAGCACAUCCUCUUGCUACAACGCCAAGCUUGAGACCCUAUGGCUUCAAUCGGAAGCUUCACUUGGACAUCAAGUUUGUGUUCGACUCACGGGAUCGCAAAUAUCCUUGUUUGAGCAUUGUGGAUCUUGGUACUGCGUACCAUGGCGCCUGUCUUUGCAAGACAAGGAGGUCCGACUAUGUGGCGCGCAAGUUCAUGAUCCAUUGGAUCCAGAUCUUUGGAGCUCCAGAGCAUGUUAGCCACGAUCAAGGUGGCGAGUUUGAGCUGGCCUUCACCUCGCUUUUGGAGGACAUGGCGGUGCCAACUACGGUGACAGGAUCACAUGCACCUUGGCAGCUUUCGGUGGGAGAAAGACAUGGAGCUAUCUUGGGCACCAUGAUCUCAGCUAUCACUGCAGAACACUCCACUGAAGGAUUUACAGCCAUGAAACUGGUGGUGUCAUCCGCUGUCGCAGCCAAGAAUAUGACAGUGACUCGGGACGGAUUCACUCCCAAUCAACGAUUGUUUGGAGCUGAAAUCAAAUUCCCCAGUUUGACAGAAGACAACGCCAGGCCAAGCUUUGCAGAAGCAUUGGACUCUGAAUCAGAGUAUGCACGCGCUCACAGAAUGCGCAUCACGGCCAGGCUGGCUUUGAUCCGUACGGACGUCCAAGACAAGAUGCGCCGUGCGAUUCUGAGGAAGCCAGUGCAUGAAAAUGAUGGCCCAUUCAUGCCGGGAGCACAGAUUUACUUCUGGACACCAAAGAAACUUUCAAAAAGGUAUACCCGAGGUGGCCAGUGGCGUGGACCUGCUACAAUCCUUGUGCGUGAGGCCAAGGAGAGAUACUUUGUCAGCUGGCGAGGCCGCGCCCUCCUGUUGGCUGCGCCCAACAUCCGACUGGCUACUCGUGAAGAGUUAGCUCUCAACAAGCCAGCCAAGGAAGAUGCCGACAGUUUGGGUGAACUACUUCGGGACCCCAUCCGGGAGAAGACCUACAAGGACCAAUCACGACUGGCACCUCCGCCGAGGACGAGAAAACGUCCAGCGACCGCGGAUACGCCAGAGAGGAAAAGAGCAAGGACGAUGUUAAGAGGCACCAAGUCAAUUCGACAGCUCCUGAAGGAUCGCUACGCUGAUCUUCGAGCACAGCUCAGGAAGAGAAAGGUGCCCAAAGGUAUUGAGGACAAGCCGGCAGCGCCGCGCCCUGCAAAAAGGCCAAAGGCCUUAGAAGAUGGACAAGUGCCCCCAGAGGAGAUCCCUGAACUACCUCAACCACCGGCACUACCAGGACCUGGAGGAGGCGAAGAGUCUGAUGGCUACAGCGCCACAUCACCUUAUGAUGAGCAUGAAGGGCCUCCCCAAAUGUCAACCGAUGAGGAGCCACCUCACAUUCCUACAGAUGAUGAAGGACUGGAUGAGCCAUCCAGAGCUGAGGCAGAGCCUCCAACGGAGGUACCACCGCAUGAGGUACCUGUCCCGCCGGACAAUGAGGACGAAUGGUUAGAGGAGUUCAGGAAACUGUCCGAGGAAGAUCGACGCAAGAUGUCUCUUGACGACGUUCCUCACACCCUCAAGAGGAAACAGCAGCUUAUGGACCCUGCUCGGGCGGAUGCUGCCGUCAAGAAGCUGCGUGCGAACUUCUGCGCACAGGUGGCAGCGACCACAGUGUAUGUGAGCCUUCAAAAUGAAUGGGUGUCGAGAUACGAGGUGGAACUUCUUAAGCAACUGACAGGCUUGCCAGUUACGGCGGCCAGAAUCCACCGGACACCCAGGAAGCGUUUCCAAAAGCCUCCAAAGAUGGUUAGUCGCUCACGACUUUCCAUUUUAAUUGGCAAAGAUCCUGCCAACACCUUCAUUGUCAACGAGGACGAGGAGGACGUGAAGCAGAACCCUCGCCGUCGUGCCAGCUUUCUUUGGAAAGGCAUGACGAUUUUCUACAAGACUGCCAAGGAGACCGACACCGAGCCGGUAUACAUCCAGCUUCCAGAUGGAUUGUACCGUGCGGAUCUGACUGCCCAAGCCGCCCAAGAUUUCGAAGCUUUGUGGACGGAAGAAGUUCGAGAUUUGCUCACCACUGAAGCGCUGCUAUUGAAGAUGAAGCAGGGUGGCAAGGAGUUGGACCCUGCCUUCUUUGAUCAGAAGGAAAGAGCAGCAUUUGAUACGGCUGAUGUCAAGGAGUGGUCUGAAUGGAUCAAAAACGGAGUGAUUGAGAGGGUCAGCCCUGAGGAAGCGGCCCGAGUUCCCAAAGCAUCCAUUUUCAGAGCACCACUUCAUAUGCUCAGGGUCAACAAACAGACCAAUCAGCUCUUGCCGUUGGUGGCAAAAUCCCGACUUAUUGUGCCAGGUCAUUUAGACCCCCAGCUUGGUGAAUUCCGGACAGAUUCGCCAACCUGCCCUCAAGCAGCUGUCUGUGCAGCCAAGAGCGUGGCAGCAGCCCGUGGAUGGGGUGGCACAAUUUUUGAUGUCACAACAGCUUUCCUCAGCGGAAAGAAGUUGCAACGACAGGUUUACAUUCGAGCCCCCAGAGAAGGUUUGCCUCCAGCUGAGAAUUGGUCAGCUGUGGAACCUGGAGAGCUCUUGCGCAUCCUCAAGAGCGCAUAUGGACUGACAGAGAGUCCCAGGUUGUGGUACCUGGAAGCCCUUGACAGGAUCAAAAAGACUGAUCUCCAGGAGCUCGAGAUGUCGCGAUCUACCUUCGUUGCAGGUGGUGGAAGCAGUGGCAGCGCCACAUAUGCUAUCCUAUGUCUCCACGUGGAUGACGGACUGCUUCUCGGUGAUUUACAGGACAAGCGUGUCCAGAAUCUCAAGCGGCAGAUUGAUGGUAUGUUCAAGAUCAAAGCCUGGAAGACCCUAUCUGCCAAAGAACCAGUUCAAUUCUUGGGCGUGGACGUAACUUUGGAUUCAAAUGGUAUCCACGACGACAUGACGCAGUACAUCAAGCAGAUCAAGGUGGAACCUUUGAGUGGCUCUGGACCACUUAAUCCAAGGGAGUUGACGCUCUAUCGUCAGCUCGUCAUGCGCCUUCGGUGGCCGGCCCAACAGGCCAUGCCACACUUGCUGUAUGAGGUUUCGGCCCUAGCACAACGUGUGAGCCGCGCUCAACACAGUGACUACAAGGAAGCUGUCAAGCUUCAUCAAAAGUUUGUGGAGGAAGCUUCCCAGGGCCGCGCCCAAUUGACCUAUCCAAAGCUGAACGAGAAGGAGAAGCUAUUCUACAUCAGCUUCUUUGAUGCCUCGGUUGGAAAAGAAGAAGACGGAAAAUCUCAGCUUGGGUCAAUUCACUUUCUCACAACAGAGAAAGCACGGUCAGGACCAGCAUUGGCAUCGGUGGUGGAAUUCUCCACCAAUAAAAGUUCUCGAGUUCUGAGGAGUUCAAUGUCUGCUGAAAGCUGUAGCAUGUCCAUCUGUGUGGACCGUCACUUGUACGGCCGCUUGGUUUUGGAUCGUUUGCUCUACGGCAACAGACCCUUGGAUGAGGAUUGGCGAUUGUCAAUGGGUCUUGAUGGAGGCGUCGUAACUGAUGCCAAGAGCCUCUAUGACCAUUUGAAUACAACAGGUCAGCUCCCCACGGAGCGUCAGACCAUGCUGGACUUGCUUGUUGCACGACAUCACUUGGAAGCUGGAGCGUAUAUGUUGUUUUGGGUCCCUACUCAUCGACAGCACGCCGACGGCCUAACCAAGAAGAUGGUCAACCUGUUGUGGCAGGCAUUCUGCCGAAAGCCUAUGGUGUCCCUACGUGAGACUCCAGAGGAGAAAACGUUAGAGGAUCACCGGCGCAAACUGCGCCAGGGGCAGCGACAGCGUCGCAAAGAAAAGCUGAAGGGCCGCGUCCCAGCACUGGCAUCGGCUGCGCCGUGCCAUAAUUUGCGCAACACACCAACACGUUUCCCUUCCGAUGUGAAAGACAAAGGCGGAAGGCAAUGGUGGGAAAGCAACAGCCCUGAACCUUAUGGUCGAGAUUUCUCGCGCGACCGCCAGAUCAGGACGCCCAGACCGGAGCAGGGUAUCUACACAGAUUCCAAGGAGCAGAAGGCACAGAUGGAGGUGACCUUUGGUGCUCCAGCUGCACGGCCCGUGCGGCCGGCGCAAGCUGAAAGCUAUGGCCAGGGUGACCGCCCUGGUCCCUCCACUCCUCGUGCUGAGCUGCGGAUGCAACAGAUACCCAGGCAGCAAGCAGACGUCUCGCGGCAAACGUCUUGGAAGGACGUCGCUUCCUCGACCUCAAGGGCGGAGAUGGGGCCUCCACGCCAACAAGUUGAUGUGUCCCCAACAUCUCCACAGGAUCUCAUGGGUGCGGCUGGACCCUGGAGUCUCGAACCGCAUGGACGGAGUCCCACGGAACCACAGAGGCAUCCUGUCACUAAGUGCAACGCCUGGUGGGUGGAUCUUCAAGGUUCUUCCCUGCCGGCAUCACCUGGCACGGCGAGUGCGCCUGGGCCAAGCAUGGCAGGAGCUUCUCCAAGCGUCACUGAGCCCAUCGAAAGGAGUUUGGCGUCUUCACAACAGCUACCACAAUUUCCAUCACAGCCAUUAUCCGAAAGCUAUUCAUGGUCAGCCAGUCCAGCCAGUGCAGACAGACCGGCUGCUUGGCAGGAUGGUCCCCGUCUUGGCGAUCACUUUGCGGAGCGUUUGGGCUUGGAUGUGCACGGCUUGCCACUAUCAGGAACUCCAAUGGCAACUCCAGCAGAAGUGUGGCAGCACCUUGUCCUAUUGGUGGAGAUUAAUGGAUAUAACAAUGGAUAG